AUGUCCAACGACGAAAAAGUCUGCUCUACCCCGGCUCCUCCCCUCUACGAAGAACAACCCCGCUCCCAACCUGAAUUCCAACAACCAACUCUUAUCCACCCACCAACCGCACACAUGGCUCCUCCUAUGAAGCCCCCAGUCUGGCAGCCCGGCAUGCCACACCCGAGUGGUUACAACACGUCCUCUCCGCUCCACACACUCCAACGGGGACCAGCCCCGGUUGAUUGUCCAGUCUGCAGCCAUCGCGAAAUGACGCGCGUGGAGGCCGAAUCGGGAAAUACAACGCAGUAUGUUAAUACACUGGGACCGAGAGAAUUUGAUCAGAAGAUUGGCUAA